AGAGGGAAAAGGUAUCACAAGCAGAGUUUUCACCGAGCUAACCAAACCUACCAAAGAGAAAAUGCGUUCCUUCAUCCUGAUUGCCCUCUUCGCCCUGAUUGCCGUGGCUGCCGCCCAGGGAGGACCCCAAGGAGGACCCCUAGGAGGACCACAAGGUGGCCAGGGAGGACCUCAGGAUGGUCAGCAGGGCGGUCAGCAAGGAGGUCCCCAGGGAGGACCCCAGGGAGGACCCCAGGGAGGUCCCCAGAACGGCCAGCAGGGUGGUCAGCAGCAGGGAGGUCCUGGAGGCCCUUGGGGUCUGCCUCCGAAUGGAACAGUCUCCUCCAACAGCACUACUUCAACCACCGAGGCCAGCACCACUGAGGCCAGCUCCACCGAGUCUUCCUCAGCUUAGAAUCAGCUGGAUCACACACGAUUAUUUAGUAACUUUGGCUGUUAUCCUUCCUGCAAAGAAAUAAAAUGAAUUAAGAAUUUGCAAAAUAACAAAAUUUGUUUUAAACAACUAA